AUGUCAGCGUGUCAACCAGCUGAUACUCCAGUGGAGGAAGGAUUAUUGAAGUUGUGUAUUGAUCAUGAUCAAGUGCCUGCUAAUAAAGGAAGAUACCAGAGUCUUGUAUGGAGAUUAAUGAAUUCAAUAGAUGACCGUCGAUCCACUUCUGGUUAUUUCACCUUUGUAGGAGGUAAUCUUGUUACAUGGAGAAAUAAGAAGCAGAAUGUUGUUGCACGCUCAAGUGCAGAAGCUAGUAUCGAGUCGAUUCGAUUGUAUUGUGACAACAAGGCCGCGUGUGAUAUCACUCACAAUCCAGUUCAACAUGAUAGAACAAAACACAUGGAGGUUGACAGAUUUUUUAUCAAGAAGAAAUUGGAAGCAAAGAUUAUAGAUUUGCCCAAGAUUCGAUCAUAA